UAUAUGUCCAGCAGGACAGGAAGCUGCCAUCAUUCUCUGGGACGGUGGACAAUGACUCAUGGACUUUGGAUGAGUGGAUAGAAAAAAUAAAAUAUUUUGCACAAGCCCGGGGGGCAACUGAAAAGGAGCGAGCGCAGUUAGUUUAUGAUCAUCUAGAGGGAGCUGCUCGUACAGAGGUGAAAUUCUUGCCUAUGGAACAGAGGGAGUGUAUGGACUCAAUAUUUAAAGUUUUGAAAGAAGUGUAUGGUUGUAAAUAUUCACAUGUGGCAUUACAACGUACAUUUUUUAAUCGCAGACAAUUGGACGGUGAAUCGUUGAUUGAUUUUUCGCAUUCACUGAUGGAUUUAAUGGACAUGAUUGUUAAGUCGGAUGCCCAGGCUGCCUCUUUUGCCGCCUCAAAAGAUUUGAGGGACCAAUUCUGUGAUGGGGUACGGGAUCAGGCUUUAAAAAUCAGGCUCCGGGAUUUAGUUUGUGCCAAUCCAACUUGGACCAUUCGGGAGGUUCGUGCUGAAGCCACUCGAUGGAUGGCACAGUGUGGUGGGCAGUUUAAGUCUAAAAACAGUGAAUGCAACUUAGCCUCUAACGAAACUGUUGCUUCAUGUGAAAGUGUUUCGGGCUCCUUACAAUAUAAUGAGUUAAUGUCACUUUUAAAAGCGCAACAGACCCAACUUGAUUUAGUUGUUAAAGCACUUGCCUCCCAAAGCGCACCUCCAGCGAGAACCCGAUUUACGAGACCCAGACAAACAACUGAUGGGAAACCUAUCUGUUUUAGGUGUGAUCAAGCGGGUCAUAUUGCACGGAACUGUCCUGUGAAAGAUGGACCUAAAGAGGGCACGCAGAGUCAGCUUACGGAAAACUAGAGCCUGCCAGCGUUCAGAGCCAAACGCUGGUGGGGGGGGCAUUGGGCUCUAGUAAUACGGAUUCUGAAUUCAAUGUAAAUCAUUUGAUUGGAGAAUGUUUAGAUGCUGAGAUUGAUUUUGCGGGGGUCAUGGUUCCCUGUUUAUUGGACAGUGGUUCCAUGGUGACCACAAUAACUGAGAGCUACUUUAAUGAUCAUUUCUCCCACUGGUCUGAUAUGCAAUUGAAAGAUUGUAACUGGUUGGGUUUAAAAGCUGCUAAUGGUUUGAACAUACCAUAUCUGGGCUAUAUAGAACUGGACUUACACAUUUUGGGGGUGUGUCUCCCGUGUCGUGGUGUUUUGAUUGUUAAAGAUCCCACUGACAGUCAUAUGAGGCAAAAGAAGUUAGCUGUACCGGGUGUGCUUGGUAUGAAUGUGUUUAAUCCCUUGUACUAUGAACUGCUGAGGAUUCAUGGCCCUGACCUUUGGGAGGCAGCAGUGUUCAGAUCUGCCCCAACCGGCUUGAGGAAGGUUCUGCGCUGCUGUCAGGUGAUGGAGGCCAUGACCAGCUCCCCAGAUCCUCAUCCAGUAAGAGUGCAGGAUUUUUGCUAUCCUUUUGUCCUGGAGGUGGACGCAAGUCAUGAAGGGCUGGGCGCAGUAUUAUCCCAGGAGCAGGGGGGUAAGUUGAGACCCAUCGCGUUUGCCAGUCGAAGUCUGAAACCUACAGAACGUAAUAUGAAUAAUUACAGUUCUAUGAAGCUCGAGUUGGUUGCCCUUAAGUGGGCAGUAACUGAGAAGUUUAGAGAAUAUUUACUUGGAAAUAAAUGUACAGUGUAUACAGAUAACAAUCCUCUAAGUCAUUUAGCAACUGCAAAAUUAGGUGCCACUGAGCAGAGGUGGGCCUCAGAAUUGGCAUCUUUUGACUUAACUCUAAAAUAUCGCCCGGGUUCCCAGAACUCCAAUGCAGAUGCCUUGUCCCGACUUCACCCAAUUAUUGAGAAUGGGUCUUUAGAGGAGGGCGAGGGAGUGUCAGGGGUUCUGGCAGAAAUAAGUGCGCUCCCGGGGUUGGAGCCAGGUGAUUUGUGUACCAUGCAACGGCAAGAUCCAGUAAUUGGCAGUAUUUUGAAAUACUGGGAACAGAGGCGGAUGCCUAAUAGUACAGAAAGACAGGAACUAAGUAAGGGCUCGAGAGAACUAGUCCGUCAGUGGGGCCGCCUCAGAAUGAAAGAUUCCGUCCUCUAUCGUUGUGUUUAUAGUCCCGAUGGGGGGGGGAGUUUCAGCAACUGGUGCUGCCCCAGUGUUUACAGGAGCGCGUCCUUCGCUUACUACACGAUGAACAUGGGCAUCAGGGGGUAGAGCGAAC